AUGAGCCAGGCAGCCGCGGGUAGCAGCGCGAAUGGCCUUGCGAAUGGCACAGCGAGUGGUAGUGGGAGUGAGGGAGGCGCGGGUUGGAUCCGCUGCAUGGACUUGCGCAAUUUUAUGUGCCACGAGGCACUCCACGUGGACUUUAUCCGCCACGUCAACUUCAUUACUGGCGGCAAGAGCGCGGUGCUGACGGCGCUGUGCGUGGCGUUCGGCACGCGAGCGCGUACGACGAACCGCGCGUCCGCCAUCAAGGACUUCAUUCGCACCGGAUGCAGCGCGGCGGUGGUGAGCGUGGAGCUGAACAACGAGGGCGAGGAGGCGUUUCGCCCCGACGAGUUUGGGCCGCGCCUGACGGUGGAGCGCCGCAUCACGGACAACGGCUCCUCCACGCUCGCCCUCAAAGACUUUCGCGGCAGGAAGGUGCGCAGCAAGAGGGAGGACCUGGACGAGCUCACAGCUCACUUCAACUUGGACGUGGACAAUCCGUGCAUAGUCAUGUCCCAGGACAAGAGUCGCGAGUUCCUGCAUUCCGGCACGCCCAAAGACAAGUACAAGUUCUUCAUCAAGGCCACGCUACUGGAAAAGGUCUCGGCGCGUCUGGGCAGCAUCUCAGGGCGGCUGGUGGUGUGCCGGCGGCAGCUGGGAGAGGCAGAGGUGGCGCUGGGGCCGUUGGAGGAGAAGGCGCGGCAGGCGGAGCAGCAGGUGCGCGAGAUGGAGGAGGCGGAGAGCCGCGGGCAGGAGGCGGACCGCGUGACGAAGCAGCUGGCGUGGGCGUACGUGCACGAGGCGGAGCAAGAGGUGGAGGACGCGGAGAGGGCCAAGCGCGAGGCGCAGGAGAGGGUGGCGGAAUUGGAGGAGCGCCUGGCGACUGCACAGAGUCGGGUGGAGGCGGUGCAGCAGCAGAUGGAGCAGCACAUGGGGCGCGUGAAGGGGUGCAGCAACGAGGUGGAGCGCGUCAAGGCUGAGCAGGACCGCUUCCGCCAACAGCUCGCCCAGGCGUCCCGGCAGCGCGGCACAGUGGAGGCAGCGUGUGGGCGGCACGAGCGCACGGUGGAGGAUCAGAGGCGGCGCGCACAGGAGCUCACCGCUCGCAUCCAGGAGCUGCAGGACCGCGCCAGCAGGAACUCACAGGCGGAUCGGUCGCAGCGGGAUGCUGAGGUGGCAGCAAAGCAGAGCCAAGUGGAGGAGGCCAAGGAGAGGCUCGACAGUGUGAAUCGGGAGCUGCAGGCGGCGCAGGGGGGGAUGAGGGAGACCGAGGGCGAGCAGGAGGAUUUGAAAAAACAGGAGGAUGACGCGCGGGCCAGGGCGAGGGACGUGCAGGCGUGGCUGAGGCGGCGGAGAGAUGAGGCCAGGGACAAGCUGACGGCAUUCGGAGGCCAAAAGGUGACGCAGCUGCUGAGGCAAAUAGAGAUGAACAUUGGGAGGUUCAGGCGCCCGCCCAUCGGCCCCAUUGGAGCUCAUCUGUCACUGGAGUCAGCGCAUUACAGUAUGGCGGUGGAGGUGGCGGUGGGGCAGACGCUCAACUCCUUCAUAGUGUCCUGUCUCGACGACUACCAUGUGCUCAAGCGUCUCGCAGCCUCCAUCGGCUUACAAAACCUCAAUGUCGUUACUUACGGCUUUGACCUCCCCCCCAUAGAGCCUCCCGCGCACGUGCUGCCACCGGAGGGGCUUGUGACGGUGCUGUCUGUGCUGAAUAUCGCCAACCCAGUUGUGCGCAACGUGCUCAUCGACCAGGGAGGAGUGGAGACGACAGUGCUAGUGCGGGACUUUGAUGAGGGCAAGGAGGUGGCGUUCAGCCGAGCGCUCGCAUCCCGCAUCAGGGAGUGCAUCACGCAAGACGGCAUGCGCCUCUUCAUGCGAGGGAACCAGGAGGUCAGCUUACCGUGCAAGCGCAACAUGCGGGGCGGGCGGCUGGGGUGCAACUUGGAGGAGGACGAGGCCAAGGGGCGGGAGGAGGAGGAGCGUCUCCUCUCCUCCGCAGAGCAAUUCCGCAGGCAGAGGGAGGCGGGGGAGCGGGAGCUGCGGCGCAAGCGGGAGCAGGUGCAGCAGCUGCAGAUAGCGCAGGGCGAUGCAGAGCGCGUGGUGCGUAUGGCGCAGAUUGAGCUGCGGGAGGUGCGGCACCAGAUGCUGGCUGCACAGCAGUUUGAGUCGCAGGUCAACGUGUCCGACCUUGAAGAGGAGCUGGAGCGUGUGGAGGCGGAGGCAGAAACAGAAAGGGCGUCGCUGGAAGAGAAGAAGGGGCGACUGGAGGAGGCAAAGGAGGAGGAGCGGGUGGUGCUGGGGAACAAGGGACGACUUGAAGAGGAGCUGAGGGCGUUGGACGAGGCGUUGGGAGGGGCCAUGGAGAGGAUGGAUCACCUCACCACACAGCAGCGCCGGAUGCAGGCGGCAGUGAAGCGGCUAACAGAAGAUCUGCAGCGCCUGCAACACAGUGUAGCAGCAAGCGACGCCGAAAUAGAGCACAAGAGGAGCACCGCACAGGCGAAGCGGCAGCAGGCGGGGAUGGUGUGUGAGGAGGAGGGGGGGCAGCAGGAGGGCGAGGAGGUGAUGGACUCAGAGGACCUGAGGAAGCGCCUCAUGCGCCUGCGCGCCGAGCUGCCCCGGGACUACCAGGCCGUGCUGGCCCCGGAGCGAAAGGAGGAGCUGCAGCACAGAGCGCAGAAGCUGAGGGGACGCCACACCGCCACCAGCAACACCAUCCAACUCAUUUCCCUCCGCCACGAGCAACUGGAGAAGUCACUGGGAGUGCGGGUGAAUGCACUCAGGAUUGACUCCAACCUCCUGGGGCAGAACCUGGACUGGACGUUUCAGGAUCAUCUGAGCAGAAAGCGAUACACGGGGCAUGUGUUGGUGGAUCACACACAGGGCACACUCACUCUCGAGAUCAACACAUCCACUGGCGCUGUCACCGAUGUUAAAGCCCUAUCAGGCGGGGAGCGCUCGUUUUCCACGCUGUGCUUUGCGCUGUCGCUGCACCAGCUCACAGAGGCACCAGUGCGAGCCAUGGACGAGUUUGACAUCUUCAUGGAUAACAUCACGCGCAAGAUCUGCCUUCGGCAUGCGGUGGAAUUCGCCAUCAGCAACGGCAGCCAGUGGAUCUUCAUCACACCACACGACAUCACUGAGGUGGAUGAUGGGCCUCAGGUGAAGAGGCAAAGGAUGCACCCGCCACGCCCGUCAAAAUAG